AUGCAGCAGCCAGCGGCUGGUGACAGGAGCACAGCCAUUCCCUCGCUGCAUCCAUCCCAGGCCAGCCUCGCUGCUGACUUGUACUAUACACACCGCGUCAUUGAGGAUCCCGAGUGGUCCCUCGCCACUGUCCCCCGCCUCACUGAGCUCUGCCUCCAGCACAUCGUUCACAAUUUCGAAAAGAACCCUAUUUUGGACCGUCUUCUGCCUGAGCACCAAAGGAAGGUGCUGGACAGGCUCUCCACUGGCCUUCCGCUCGCUGUGACUGCCAACCUAAUAAGCGAUGAGGACUUCUGGAAGAGGUGCUGCACGGAGCGCUGGCAAGUGUGUGACAUCUCCAACUAUGGAGACAGCUGGAAACGGAUGUUCUUCGAACGUCACCUGGAGAACAUCCUGAAAUGUUUCAUCCCUAACACCACAGACCCCAAGCAGGUCCUAGAGCUCAUCCCGCUCUGUAAAGACUAUGUGCGGAAACUGGAGGUUGAUCAGUUCCUACCACCGGUGAAGGUGGAUCAAAAGGAGCAGAAGGAUGACCUCUCUGAUACAGGGAGUGAUUUUGGGCUCGGUGAGGUCUCCACGCAUCACUACGACCUGGGAGUCCUCAUUACUGCUCUCCCUCACCUGGAGGAGCUUCAUCUCACUUACGGCGUGAAGGACUGUGGCAUGAACUUCGAGUGGAAUCUCUUUAACUUCACCCACCAGGACUGCUGCAACCUGGCUGUCGCUGUGAAGACGUGUCACAACUUGAAAGUUUUCAAGCUGACGCGAAGCAAAGUGGACGAUGACAAGACCAGGCUGCUUGUCCGUAACUUGCUGGAUCACCCCUCCUUAGUGGAGUUGAACUUGUCCCACAAUCUCAUCAGGGACAAGGGGGCACGAGCUGUUGGCAAGUUGAUCAACCGCAGCAGAUUAGAAACCCUCGAUCUGUGUAACAACCAGAUCCAUCACCUGGGGGCUCAGGCUCUUGCUCAAGCCCUGGCUGAGAACUCCACCCUGACCUCCCUGAAUCUGCGCCUCAACUGCUUGGAGGACAAAGGCGGGGACGCGAUCGGCCAUGCCCUGCUGACCAACACCACCCUGAAGUCCAUCCAUCUGGGAAGUAAUAACCUGUCAGAGCCAACCGCUACACUUUUCUCCCAGGUCCUGGCUCAGAACACCACCCUGACGAGUAUCAACUUCUCAUGCAACCACCUGGGGCUGGAUGGUGGGAAGCAGCUACUUGAAGGGCUGAAGGACAACAAGGCUUUGACCGAGUUCGACCUCCGCCUGGCAGAGGUGGGCCAGGAGACCGAGUACCUCAUUCACCAAAUUGUGUGGGCCAACAGGGAAGCGGUGAGGCUGGGGGCUCUGCAGCACCCCCCCACCAAACCCCUCUGA